GUUGGGAGCUGCAGCACAACACUUGUUGAGGGGGAAAGAAAAGAAAAGGGAAAAAAAAAAAAAUCUGGAUCAUUCGCGACUCAUCUCGCAGGUGGACGCCCGGAAUCGGGAACAUGUCCGACAGCGACAGCAAGAGGAUGGAGUUUUUCCGAAACUUCCUGAACGGCUGCGGUGCGUCGUGCAACUCCUCGCGCUUGCUGCCGCAUAACGACAGCUCCUACAGCGGCGGGCUGGAGCUGGCCGGGGACGGCUCACCGUGGUUGCGGACCCUCAUCUCGGGGGUCUACUUUGCGGUGGCCACGGCCGGCGUGGUGGGCAACCUGCUGGUGUUGUUCCUCCUCUACUCCACGCGCACCAUCACCACGGGCACCAUCAACUUUUUUGUCUUCAACCUGGCUCUGGCGCACCUCUUGUUCUCCCUGGCGUUGCCCUUCUGGGCAAUGGACGUGGCGCUGGACUACAGCUGGCCCUUCGGCGUGGCGAUGUGCAAAGCCGUGUCCCUGCUCACGGGCCUCAACGUGUUUGCCAGCUGUUUCUUCCUCACCGCCAUGAGCUUGAUGCGCUACUGCUACGUGGCCGCUGCGCUCAAGCCCAGGGCCUCGGUGUGCGGCGAGCGCUGCACCUCCCCGGCGGUCACGGUUCUCAUCUGGGCGGCGGCCCUGGUGGCGGCCACGCCCCGGGCCGUGUUCGCCGACCUGCGCCGCGUGGGAAGCGGCAACGACACGGCGUGCCUUCUCCUCUUCCCGGACGGCACCGCCUGGUUGGGGAUAAACCAGCUCCUUCGUGUGGUUCUUGGGUUCCUGCUCCCGUACGCCACCAUCAUCCUGUCGUACCUGCUCCUGCUGCGCUUCCUCUGCCGCCACAAGCUGAAGGGCGGCAACUGCCGGCGGAAGGCUGACAUCUCCAAGUCGGUGGCGGUGGUGGUGCUGUCCUUCUGCGCCUGCUGGUUCCCGUACAACGUCCUGACGCUGUGGAGCGUCCUGAUCCAGCUAGAUGUGGUCGACAUCAGCCCCUCCUUCUACGGGGCGCAGACCUACUUCUUCCCGCUGGCUAACUGUUUGGCCUUCACCAGUAGCUGCUUCAACCCGGUCAUCUACUGCCUGGUGCGCAAGGAGUACCGAGCGGCCCUGCAUAACGUCUUCUUCAAGUUGAGCCUGGCCGUCAUGUCCAAGAUGCCUUACGCCGUCAACGCCGACGAGGGCUCGCAGCAAGCGGCCCAGAUGGCCAUCCCCUUGAGCGACGUGCCCAGUCAGACAAGCCAAUCGGACUCCAGGCGAUACGCGGCCCUCUCGACGCUCCCGACGGUGGUCUCCACUUUGUAAUCGUACAAUUGGAGACCUUCAAGCGGAGCCUUCAAAUUCAAAUCAAAUUCCCCCGAUUGAGAGCAAAUCUGCAGCACGUGAACUAGAGCUUGCGACAGGUCAGCCUUGCAGUUCUGAGGCUCUUGGUUCUGAUUCAGCUCGGGCCCUGUACAACAUUAUCCACAAGUUGCGCCCGCCCGAUGCCUCAUCCGCCAAAACUGCAACAAGCGGCGCAGAUGGCCAUCCCCUUGAGCGACAUGCCCAGGCAGCCAAACGAGCCAACGGGGCCACACGCGACACCCCCGACUGAGCUCUCCACUUUGGAGAGCUACAAUUUCACAUCUUCAUUUCCCUAUUGGCAUCAAGGAUAUGUGCAAUCUUAUCCCAACCAGCCACAACUAAACUCUGCGUAAAUCUUCCAUUUGAGCCUGGCCAAGCUGUUAAAACCACAAUCCGGACCAGGAAGGAAACAUCAACAACCUGCAAGAUAGUGGCCCUCCAAGACCUCCACUUUGACACCUUGACAACAAUUGCUACUCGUGCAUUUUGGGAUUUUAGCACACUUUCUCUGUUCCUUGCUCCUAUUAAGAUUCAAGUUCUGAGUGUACAGUCAUAUAUUAAAGCAGGGUUUAGAUGCAAAGCCUUUUGUACUCUCAAAUGCCACAUGGUGGUAGUGUUGUUCCUUUCCCUUUCCUCUUCUGGGCAUCUACACGCCAUACUUACAUUGAUAGCAAUGGAUAUGAAUAAAUAUUGACACUAAAAAUAAAGGAAAAAAUACUCACCCUUUGUCCACACUUGGCCAUUUAAUAACUGCACGGGCUGUGUUUAACGUCAGUCACUGUAAAGCGGUAAACAGUACAAAUGAUUAAAUACAUAGGAGACACUUUGUCAUUCUCAUAUUAAUGAUCAAAAAUUAACAUGAAAUAUUGUAAGGUUAAACAACUCACCCUUUGAUGACACCUAUAAGAAGCAGGAACAGGAAGGUGCCAAACAAACGUUUACAUCUUUGAAUGUAUUACUUUAUUUAAUUCACUCGGAGAUCGGGGUGGGGGAUUACUUUGAAAAAUGAAUACAUUCCUUUAGGUUUCAAAGAUAAAUGGUCAAUCCACGUACACCGAUUAUCAUAAUUACAAGUGCAAUCGUACCUACGAUAAUGACCUUUAUAAACUUAAAAAACCAAAAAUCCUACUUUUAACAUCCACCGCACAACAUCGGGAUAGAAUAUGGCUUUUAUCUAUGGGGCAUGGCUUGUUUCAAAGCAAAUGUCAAGUCAAUGAAGAAGUCACAUCCAGGAGGCCGGG